GCAACAAGAACACCCACCCAUUCACUAUGCCAGUCGCUGGAUUAUCGUCAACAGGAAAUACUAGUCCAGUAUUGUAGAUGUCAAAAAUCACCACACACGAACUCACGGGAACCUCAUAAGAAUUAAGUGAAUAUGAACUAAUUAUUCCCACGUUAAGCACCCUUGCUGCAAAAGGACAACUUGUCUGAAGUUACGGGGACAAUCUGGAUACAUGGAAAGUAUCAACAUGGAUUUAGAGGAUACAGACGCUAAGGGCUCUAUGCUCAUGCUCCCCGAUAGUUCUCUAAAACGAGGCUGGCGGAAGCAGAGGGAUGGAAGGGAGACAACCCCAGAUGACACCAAAUGCGGGAUUGGAGGUUGUACACCAAAUUGUAUACAGUGCUGCGGCACAAUGGCUUCUUUUACAGCAGUUUACAGCUUUUCAGGAUUGCUCACGACUGCCUUGCAAAUCUAUAUGGCAACUCAAAUCACAGCCCUUGAGCGCCAUUUUGGCUUUAGCAGCUCAGUCACUGGGUUUCUCAUCAGUUGUAACGAGAUAGGAUUCGUGUUAGUAACUGUCAUUGUGAGUUAUUGCAUCCGGAAAAUGCAUAUCCCUCGACUGUUGUCCCUGACAACUUUGUUCUACGGCAUUGCGGGUUUGAUAUGUGUUAUACCAUUCAUAUUAACACGGGAUCAAAUUAAUCCUUCAACUGAUGCCAACGUCACCUCGAAGUUUCAAACUGGGACGCUGUGUCAUCUUCAGGUCACCGUUGCCCCAACGUCUAAGCCAAAUUCAACGGGAAAAGACGUGUGCAGCGAUACCAAGUUCUCGUAUGUAGAGGACGAGAGUAUGAGGAAGAUCGCGAUUGCUAUCUUUGCCCUAGGAAUGAUUAUCCAAGGUGUCAGCAAGGCUCCCCGAGUUGCGGGCCUCGCGACCUACGUUGAUGACAAUGUUCCGAAAACCAAAACAGCCUUGUACAUGGGAAUCAUCAUGGGAAGUGCAAUCUGUGCCAUGGCCAUCGCCUUCGGAGUCGCAGGGGUGUUCAGCAAGAUAUUCAUCACAUUCGAAGUCACGAAUAUGACACCAAUGCAUCCCCGGUGGCUAGGAGCGUGGUGGCUGGGCUUCCUGUCCUUCGGGGUACUGGCAAUCAUCUUCUCUAUCCCUGUCAUGUGCUUCCCCAGACGGAUGAGGUCAGCUGAAGACAGGCCCGGUGUCAAAACUCCCGUUAAAGUCACAGGCUUCUUGAGCGCUCUGGUUCGACUCGUGAGCAACCCAAUCUACUUCCCCAUCAUCAUCGCCAACUGCAUCACCUUCUUUACGAUAGGUGGUAUGAUGGCUUUCUUCCCAAAAUACAUGGAGACACAGUUCACUUUGCCUGCUUGGAAAUCGAAUAUGAUCCUUGGUGCUGUAGGCUUACUUUCAAACUGUGCGGGAACUAUCAUUGGUGGGAUUGUGACGUCAAAGAUGAAGUUGUCUCCCUUGACUUGUCUAAAGGUGUCAGUGGGAAUUGUCUUUUUCUCCGUCAUUGUACAAACAUUGAUGACAUUCAUAGGGUGCGUGAACCCCGUUAUAAGCAAAGGAGGGACGAUCCCCCGGAACACUACAAUGUAUAUUGGUUCAAAUUAUUCAACGUCGUCUUCAGUGGCGUCUCCUGUCGGUUGUAACAGUGACUGUGGCUGCACAGACGCCCCCUACUUCCCAAUGUGUGGCGCCGACGGUGUAAAUUACUUCUCCCCCUGCCACGCCGGCUGCAGCGACUUCACCACCAAUCAUACCUACUCCGGCUGCGCGUGCGUGACCGGAAGUAUUAAAACAGCGACCCCUGGACUAUGUACUCCGGAAUGCCCAAUGUUCUACGUGUUCACUGCCGUGGCAGUUGUUGCCGGUUUUGCCAUGGCAAUGGGGGGAAUGCCCAUUUUUAUUUCUCUUAUAAGAAGUGUAAGCGAAGAAGACAAGCCGGUUUCACUGGGUUUGGCCUCGUUUUUAUAUACGCUUUUAGGCUUUCUACCGGGACCGAUAUUUUUCGGUUGGGUGAUUGACAAAGCCUGCCUUGACUGGAAUUCCGGAUGUGGAGGGAGAGGCGCAUGCGCACUAUACGAUAUAGAGUUGUUCCGGUACCUGGUGAUGGGCAUCCCGGCAGCGGCUCGGGUUUUGACUCUCGCCUUGUACGUGUUCGCUCUGUGCAUGGCGCUAAGACCAUCCUCAAUAUACAGGAAACACGAGGAGGAGCAAGGGACAAAGGAAGAAAUAAUGAAAAUGAAACCAAGAUAGUUGGACACUUAGCGUUUUUCAUGUGUUCAUUCCAGAAAGACUCAGUGGAUAUGCCACUAAUAUUGUGGACGUAUAUAUUUAUACUGCAUAUGUGAAGUGUCAGAUUGAAGAGCUCAUCAGAUCACAGUGAGAUGUGUCAGGAUAAUCACAGAUGUAAAUCUAAAUCACUUAAUAUUUUAACUGUUUAUAAUAGAACGAGAUGAAAACAGUAGUGUAAAGAAAUUACAAAUCCCCUGACUUUAAAAGUUGAAUGUCACAAUUUCCGAACUGACUGUUGGGGUGGCCUAAUGGUUUAGUCGUUUUUUCUCGCCAAACAGAAAUUCCUGGUUCGAUUUCCUAAACGGUAGUCUGUCUUCUACCAGACCCUAGAGUUUACAGGGAAAAGGGAGCCCAUCUGAAGUCCUGGAUGACUGAACAAGUUAAGAUUGCCUUAAAAUUGUUCCGGGCUCCUGUGUAUUUUUUUAUGUAUUUUUAAAAAGGAUAAACAAAAUUCUGUGACUAAAUGCCAGAAUUCUUAUGGUCUCUUUUUGGAUUCUGUUAUUGUUUUAGAAAAAGCAAGUUAACAUUUUCUUGGAAUUAAGAAUUGGCCUAGGCUCCUUUUAGCGUAUAUAUAUUUGUUUUUUUUGUUAGAUAUAUAUUUAUUCAGUAAUUUUAAAUACAAUACAUUAUUUCUGUGACUUAAUGUCAGUGUACCCGUACUGAUAAUAUGCCUGAAGUUAAUCCAUAGUGUUAAUUGCUGACACUAUCACCGUACUCUAUACUCUCUAGUUCCGCUCCCAUCUGGGGGUAUUUGAGGAUCACGCUCAUUAUACUAAUACUAGAUUGAUGAUCUUGAGGAGCAAGUGGGACGAACCAAGCAAGUGUUUGCAGACAUCAAGUGAACCGUUAUCAGUUUGGUAAACCCUGAGGGGAAAUGGUAUAUUCCAGGUAUUUCGGAAACUAUAUUUUUCUCCAACGCGUAGCCCAAAAGCUGCGUCUUUCGUUUCACCCUCCUGUAGAGGAUGUUAACCAACAAUGAGCAGCGAACACAGUAGGCCUAACCGCUGAACUAUAUAUUUGUUAUAUAUCAUGGAAACAAAUAAGGGAACACAUGAAAGUGCAAGUGUUCCUUUAUUUAUUUCCAGAAUUUCACCCACAGUGCAAUACAUACCUUAUGAAGAAACCUGGAAAGGAAUAGAGGAACACUUAUACUUCUAUGUGUUCCCAUUUUCGUUUCCAUGAGUAUAUUACACGUACAUAUGCAUUACAGUAUUUUGACAUUCUAAUAUUCAAAUGUAUAUCACUUCAGAUACGCUUCCAAAUAACUGCACUAAAGAAUCCGUGUUGUUGGACUAUAUUUCUGACAUAUUCAAAAUGUUUCACCAUAUAAGAUCUCGGAAUUUGUAUUCGAACUCGACUUACUCAAUUAUGUUAUUUAUUGUCAAUAACAAAUACAGUUACAUUUUGAUUUGAUACUUGGGGCGAUGGGGUAGCUUAGUGGUUAAAGCGUUCUUUUGUCAGGCCAAAGACCCCAGUUCGAUUCCUCGCAUGGGUACAAUGUGUAAAACCCAUUUCUAAUGUCCCCUCCUUGAUAUAGCUGGAAUAUUGCAAAAAGCCGCCUAAAACUUAAACUCACUCACUCACUCACUGAUUUGAUACUUAUGAGUAUGUUUGUUCAUGCGCACAUUUUAACAGGUAAAUUCGGUGUGCCUGCAGGAGGAGAGAACCUGGAAAAACUGCCCAUUCCAAUCAAUAAUAAACCAAUUAAGGUGCUUUAAUGAGAAGCAUGAAUUGCGAAUGAAACCAUGUGAUACAGGAUGCUUUUUAUAUAUUUUCAGCAAUUGCUGUUAACAUAAUGCCUUUUCAUAUUUUUAUGUGCCAGGUGGGCCGAAUAAAAUAAUACAAUAU